AUGUCCAAUGUCACUGCAAUAACCGGAUUCAUCCUUAUGGGGUUCUCUGAUAUCCAUGAACUAGAGACUCUAUGUGGAGUGACAUUUCUGUUAACAUACCUGCUGACACUAAUGAGUAACUUCCUCACCAUCACUCUUAUCACCCUGGAUCUAAAACUCCAGUCACCCAUGUACUUCUUCCUCAAGAACUUGUCCCUGUUGGACAUCUUUCUAGUAUCUGUCACAAUUCCAAAUUUCUUUGUCCAUAGUCUAACUUACAACAAUUCAAUUUCUACUCUUGGAUGUGCAUGUCAGGUAUUUUUUAUGGCCUCUUUUGGAUCAGGAGAAGUAUUUGUCCUGACUGUCAUGUCCUAUGACCGCUAUGUUGCUGUUUGUAGUCCCCUGCACUAUGAUGCCAUUAUGAAUAAUGUCACCUGCAUGCUGAUGAUGGGUGCAUCUUGGAGCACUGCAUUACUUCUUGGAGUCAUGUAUACAGCUGCCAUAUUUUCCAUGCCUUUCUGUGGUUCUAAUGUAAUCUCACAGAUUUUUUGUGAUGUUCCCUCAUUGCUAAGGAUUUUGUGCACUCCUACUUCUAAAGGUCAGUCCAAAGCAUUUGCCACAUGCAUCCCUCACCUCACUGUUUUCACAGUUUUCAUUGCUACUGCUUGCAUUGUCUAUCUGAAGCCACCCUCAAAUGUACCAUCAAUCACAGACAGGCUUUUUUCUGUGCUCUACACUGUGUUACCCCCAGCACUUAAUCCUGUAAUCUACAGUCUGAGGAACAAUGAUGUCAAGUGUGCUCUGAGGAGGUUGCAGAUACUUGAAAAAUACAGACAAGACCCUCUCUGA